CGAUCCUGGAAGGGGUGGGGCGUGGGAACGCCCCGCCCUUUCGACCCGGCUGUGUGGAGCGAAGAUGGCCGGACUGGCCCCUGGAGUGGAGGAGCGGCCAAUAUCGGUGGCCGCGGCUUCGGUUUUGGGACUGUGACUCCGCGCGUGGCAGCGACCUGGGCCAUCGCAGGGGAAGGGGCAGCGCAGCUAGCGGCUCACGAAGCUUGUUGGGUGCCGGUGCGAGGGCGCCCAGCAGAGGAUGCGCCGGGUGCGGCGGGCGGCUCCCCGCAGCCGCCCCCGCGCCCCGGGCGCCCGGCCUUAGUGCUGGCGGAGGAGGCGGCGCGCGCGGGGCGGCCGGGCGGCGGCGGGCCCCGAGCCGUCAUGCCUUGGUUGAGCGGCGGCCGGCGGCGACGGCGGGGACAGUCGCGGGAGGCCCAGCGAGAGCCACCGCCUCCUGCUCAACCCCAGCGGGAGCCGCCACCGCCAGCUCCCCCCGUCGUGGUCCCCGCACCCUCGGCGGUGCCCUCGGUACCGCCGCAGCCGCGGGCCCGUGAGAGCUCUGAGCUGCCGCUGCCCGCAGGCUGGGAGGAGGCGCGCGACUACGACGGCCGCGUCUUCUACAUCGACCAUAACACGCGCCAGACGUCGUGGAUUGAUCCCCGCGACCGGAUAACAAAGCCACUAACCUUUGCCGAUUGUGUUGGGGAUGAACUUCCUUUAGGAUGGGAAACUGUAUAUGAUAAACAAAUUGGAAUUUAUUAUAUGGACCACAUAAAUAAGCUCACCCAGAUUGAAGAUCCAAGAGAGCAGUGGAGGCGAGAGCAGGAACGGAUGCUGAAGGAGUAUUUAGUUGUAGCCCAGGAGGCUCUCAAUGCCAAGAAAGAAAUCUACCAGAUCAAGCAACAGCGAUUUGAGCUAGCUCAGGAAGAAUAUCAACAGCUGCACAAACUGUGUGAGGAUGAUGGCCGCUCAUAUACUAGCUCCUUCUCUGGAUAUUCAACCAAUACCAAGUAUGAUCCACACCAGAUUAAAGCAGAAAUAGCAAGUCGUCGGGAUAGGCUUUCCAGAUUAAAACGAGAGCUGACCCAGAUGAAGCAGGAGCUACAGUAUAAAGAAAAGGGUGUGGAGACCCUACAAGAGAUUGACCGGAAGAUGUCAAGUUCUCACACCAACUACAAACUGGAUGAGGCUCAGGCUAUAAUGAGUGAACUCCGUACUAUUAAGAAAGCCAUUUGUACAGGCGAGAAGGAGCGGCGGGACCUGAUGCAGAGCCUGGCCAAGCUUACUGACAGCUUCAAGAAUAGUUGCUCCAUUAUGGACACUCUACAAGAUUUCUCUCACAGCACAGGCACACUUGGUGACUCUGGUGUCCCUCAGCAGUUUUGUGAUGCUGGCUCUCAGACUGAUACUAUAGGGGAGUUUCUCUUUGAUGACAAAACAAGACUUGUAGGCCGUGUCAGACUUAACUGGCAGUAUGAAGAAGCCCGCAAAAGAGUCUCCAAUAUUCAGCAGCAGCUGGCUCAGCUGGCUAACGAGUCAUGGCCAGGCAUGGCCGAGGCCGACAGAGACCGGCUGCAACUCAUCAAAGAAAAGGAGGCCCUGUUGCAGGAGCUGCAGCUCAUUAUUCAGCAGCCGAGGUCGGCAGAAGAUGUGGCCCGGCUGGAAGAAGAAAGGAGGCGCCUGGAGGAGGAGAUCCAACGUGCUCGGGCCACAUCUGCACAGGGAGCCACGGAAAGGAUUCUACUUCAGGAAAAAAGAAAUUGUCUGCUUAUGCAGCUGGAAGAAGCUACACGUUUAACAUCCUAUCUCCAGUCCCAGUUAAAGAGCCUAUCUGCCAGCACCCUGACUAUGUCCUCUGGGAGCAGCCGUGGGUCCCUGGCCUCCAGCAGGGGCUCACUGGCCUCCAGCCGUGGCUCCCUCAGCUCCAUCAGCUUCACAGACAUCUACGGCCUCCCACAGUAUGAGAAGGCUGAUGCUGAGUGUGGCCAGCUUCUGCGCUUCGAUCUGAUCCCCUUUGAUUCCCUGGGGCGCGAUGUCCCCUUCACAGACCCACAGAGCCAUUUGGGCUUCCACAAGCAGAGGAGGUCCCUAGAUACACCCCAGUCUCUGGCCUCACUGUCCUCUCGCUCCUCUUUGUCCUCUCUAUCACCCCCCAGCUCUCCCUUAGACACACCCUUCCUCCCAGCUUCGAGGGACUCCCCUCUGGCACAGAUGACUGACAGCUUUGAGGUGCAAGGCCUAGGAACACUGGACAGACUGCGGUCACAGGCCUCUACUCUAGGAGAUGAAGAUUUGCAGGGAACUUCAACACUUCAGCCACAUGGAAUCCCUGUGGAUGGGGAAGGACCCCGUGAGCGGGGACCUCAACUUGUGGCUCCCACUACUGGAACAGUGACCCUCCGGGAAGACAGCGCCAAGAGGUUGGAGAGGAGAGCACGCCGUGUUUCUGCAUGCCUGUCAGAUUACUCCCUUGCCAGUGACAGUGGGGUGUUUGAACCUCUAACCAAAAGAAAUGAAGAUGCUGAAGAGUCUGCUUUGGGAGACACACAUGGAAACAACGAGCCCCAGAUCUACGUGGGGUUUCUGCAUGACAGUACAAAUGAAUAUCUCCUUGUGCAUGUGCUGCAACUGAGGAACCUUGCUGGGCUGGUAAUGAAGGAAGACUGCAAAAUCCACAUCCGCGUCUACUUGCCCCCACUAGACUCUGGAACUCCCAACACCUACUGUUCCAAGUCUCUGGAAUUCCAAGCUCCACUGGUGUUUAAUGAAGUGUUCAGAAUCCCUGUGCAUUCCAGCAUGUUGACUUUGAAAUCAUUGCAGUUAUACGUGUGUUCAGUGAAUCCUCAGCUACAGGAAGAAUUGCUGGGCAUUGCUCAGAUAAGCUUGGCCGACUGUGACAAUUCAAGCGACAUGCAACUGCGCUGGUAUCCUGUGCAGGUCUUUGCCAGCCCUGAGCCUCCUAAGCCAAAAGAGCCUGUGCGAGUUAUGGAGAAUACCACACAGGACACUGUGCAUGCCAGCUCCGGAAAGACGGAUGCAGUGACAGUGCUGCUGGCCAGAACCACAGCACAACUACGAGCUGUGGAGAGAGAGCUGGCAGAGGAACGUGUAAAGCUGGAAUAUACUGAGGAGGAGAUCCUGGAGAUGGAGCGUAAGGAAGAGCAGGGAGAGGCUGUAUCUGAGAGGAGUUGGCAGGCUGACUCGGUUGAUAGUGGCUGUAGUAACUGCACCCAGACCAGCCCCCACUAUCCAGACUCCUGUUAUACUGGUGUGGACUCCAUUCAUGGGCAUGUGUUUGCUGGCCAGGUAGAUUCUUACAACCCUGAGAAACUUCAACCCCUGUCUCUUAAGGUUGACAAGGAGACCACCACAGAAGACCUUUUCCUGGGGGAUGCAGUAAAUGUUCACAAGGAACGGCUUAGCCGCCGUGCCCGAGCUUCUCCCUUUGUCCGCAGCAGCACCAUCGUGCGCUCACAGACCUUCUCACCAGGAGCAAGGAGCCAGUAUGUUUGCAGGCUUUAUCGUAGUGACAGUGACAGUUCAACACUGCCCAGGAAGUCCUCCUUUGUUCGAAAUACUUUGGAAAGACGAACCCUUCGCUACAAACAGUCCUGCAGGUCGUCUCUGGCCGAGCUCAUGGCCCGCACCUCCCUGGACCUGGAGCUGGACCUCCAGGCCUCGAGGACCCGGCAGCGGCUGCUGAAUGAGGAGAUUGGAACCCUCCGGGAGCUGAGGCAGCGUCUGGAAGAUGCCCAGCUGCGGGGCCAGACUGACCUCCCACACUGGGUACUCCGAGAUGAGCGGUUCCGUACCCUACUGAAGGAAGCAGAGAGACAGACAAGACAGACCAAACUUGACUACCAUCAAGAACAAGUAGCUGAGAAGAUGCUAAAGAAGGCUUCCAAAGAGAUCUAUCAGCUUCGAGGGCAGAACCACAAGGAGCCCAUCCAAGUGCAGACCUUUAGGGAGAAGAUAGCAUUUUUUACAAGACCAAGGAUUAACAUACCUCCUCUCCCAGCCGACGACGUUUGAUGUAGUGCAUUGUGCACAUGAAGUAUUUAUCUGCCUGUUUUAUUUUCAUGAAGUUCUUAGAUUAGCUAAAUUUGUCUUUAAAA